CCCUAGAGAAGAGAUCGAACUGGAACCCUCCUGGAGUUCAAUUGGCCUGACCAAUCUACAACGGAUAAAUGGAUUGAUGGCAUCACCAGAGAAUGGAAGUUUGAUCUCCUGCAAGAUUAUCUGAGUCCUCGCGAUUUGAGACAAGUGGCGGCCAUCCCAAUUGGUCCGGAGUCUCUGGAAGAUUUUUGGGCCUGGAGAUUCACUGAGCAUGGUUCCUUCACAGUGAAGUCAGCCUUUCACAUGUUUCACAACCGAACCAGGUCGAUGCAAGGUCCGAUCGAUAGGGUGUCCGAGGCUAGCAAGGAUAGAUGGAAAUGGCUAUGGAGCCUCUCCAUCCCUCCGAAGCUCAAAAUUUUUAUCUGGAGGAUCUUCAGGGGAGCGCUAGCAUCGAAGGAGAACCUUCAUGCAAGGAAAUUCUCGCCAUCCAUGACGUGUCCUUUAUGUGCCCACCCCUCUGAGUCUAUUCACCACUGCCUCUUCACCUGCCCACAUGCAGCAGAGGGAUGGAGACAGGAAUGGCCCUCUCUUCCUACACCUGCUUCUUGCACUCUGUUUAUGGCAUGGCUGACUUCCUUGGUCCCCAGGUUCUUGAUCCUCUCUAUCCAGAAGAUCAUCUUUCUCCUGUGGCAGACUUGGAAAGCAAGGAACAAACAAAUCUUCAAGAACACCUCCCCCUGGCCCCCAGUCACGAUUGCAAAGGCAGCUCUUGCACACCAUCAGUGGACCUCCUGCCCCAAGAAGCCUCCCACUGCCACUUUUCCAGCUCAGUCUACCCCAACACCAAAUCAUUCUUCAUCACCGCCAAGUUCUCAUGACUUUGAGAUACACUGCGAUGGGUCGUUUUUCAGCGACCCCCAGGAGGCGGCAUAUGGCGUCGUUGUUUUGAACAGCCAUGGUCAAGUCUGUGAUGGUAAGGCUGAGAUCUUGCACUGUUUUCCCCCACUUGAAGCUGAAGCCAAGGCCCUUUUGGUUGGCUAUCGUUUGGCUACUGAUCUACACUCCCCAGGUCUUGUUUGCUCGGACUGCCUGCCCCUUGUCAAGGCAAUGCAGGAUCAUCCGAGAAAGUGGCCAUGGCGAGCUGCAGCUUGGAUUAGCACUAUCAAACAAAUGAUGGAUUCCAAUCCUUUGAUCCGGGUCUCGCACAUAGGUCGUAAGAGCAAUGUGAAAGCAAACUGGGUUGCUAGAUCUUUCUACAACAAGUAAUGGAAUUUCAGUGUCCUCUUGUAAAAAAAAAAACAACAACGAUGGUCCUGGUGAUGGAAGCCAAGAAGGGAAAGGUGGAAUCCAAAACUAUCAACCUUGCAUCCAUCGUCUCAACACAGGGAAAAAUACAGACUAAUAGAAAUGAACCAGCACCGUCGACCAAGCAGAACCAAAAUACAUUGGUCAAAGCUAA